AUUUUCAUAUUAAUUUUUACUUUGGAAAGCCGCAAUCUCAUUUAGUCGGCAGAGCAGCAAAUAAAAGCGAUGCGAGCGAGCGAGAAGUUGCGCAGCGCGGUGGUCACGAGCGUGACAUGAACUGGUGAUGUUUUCGAAGUAUGUAUUUUUAAAAAGGUCUCUUUGCUGCAUAUCCAUCCUUGCCGCGGCGAUGCGGGUAACUCGCUCUGGAAGAGGCAGCGGUUGUUAUCCCGGUGUUCUGCAACUGACACAUUGAGUAAACGGGAGCCCCGCAUUCAACAGCCAGAGACGCGGCUCGCAGUCUGGUUCCCCACUCGGUAGUUUUGUUGGAAGAAUCACUUGCAGACAGGUACCAGCCUGUGCAAGGCGAUGGCUCUUUAUUAUGAUGAAGAUGAUGAGAGGGAAUACUAUGAAUUUGAGCCGAUGCCUACGCUUUUGGAAGAUGAGGAGAAUGUGUCCCUUGCUGAUAUUCUGUCAUUGCGAGAUAGCUGCCUCAGUGAGCAGGAUAUAUGGGCAGCCUGCCUAGAAUGUUGUCUUUCAAUGAAGAGCAUUGCCCACACUCCACUUUUUCAUACUCUCUGCAUCACCCCAGAUACGUUGGCUUUCAAUGCUAAUGGAAAUGUUUGCUUCAUGGAGCAGCUGAGUGAUGACCCAGAAGGUGCAUUUGUUCCCCCUGAAUUUGACGUUACAGGCAACACUUUUGAGGCUCAUGCCUACUCAUUGGGAACUACACUUGCUGCUGCUGCUGAAUAUGUGAUCGAGCCAGAGUUAAAGCCAAACCUCAGCCAAGAACUAAAAAGCCUUCUCGAUCAAAUGCAGCAGGAAAAACCUGAAGACAGGCCAGAUAUUGAGAGUAUCCUCAGCAAAUGCGAGGAAAAACUGAAAUGUUUAUCGUCGGAUAUUAUUUGCCGUAAUCUCUCUGCUAUAGGCCGGAGAGUACUUUCAAUUGAAUCUGUUGGUGCUUUUCAAGAUGGAAGUGAAGAAACCUGUAAAGAGAAGAAGCGACAGGCAGGCGUGGGCCAUGAGCUGCAGACAAGUGAACGGAAUCCAGCAGAUGGGUCAUCAAGCACUGAAGACCUGGCAUGUGACUUAAGCAUGCUUAAUAGUGGAACCAUAGAGCUUGUCUGCCAGGUUGAGAAGUGUGCUCAGAAUGUCGAUCCAGAUUCAACUGUUGAAGUUCAUGAAGUUCUACAGCAAGGCUUGGAAGGUACAAAUGCAGCAGAAAAAUGGGUGAGAAAAGAGGAGGUGAUGUCCAUGGAUCUUGCCGAUACUGUUGCUGAUAGGAAAACCAAAGGGGAAAAGGCUGACAGGAUUUUCUCUCUUCCUCCAAAACGAUCAUCAGCUAGGAAGAGAGUAUUGCCGAAAUUGCCAACAGAACUGGUAGACAACACCCAGCAACAACUUCGUUCUAAAAUGGACCUUGGUAGAUCUUUCUCAUCCAUUCCAUCUCCAGUUUCACUUUCCAAUAUUGCUGCAGAAUCUUUGUAUUCUUUGGACAUAUUGAGUGUUAAGGACUGCCCUCAGAAAGUGCAGUUUAGGACUCAGAAUAAUGACGUUUCUUUUAUUGCAAGGAAUAGCCUUCCAUUCGGAAGGCUAAAUGCAAACAAUUCAAGUGAGCAUAUCCACAAGGUCUCCAGUGUAGAAGCAAUAAAUAAGAACCUGUCCAACAGCCGUAACUCUACAUUCGAUGAGGGCUCAGAACAAUUACUAAAAUAUUCUUCCACGUUAGGGAAAAAGUCUUCCAUUAAAAAGUUGAAAGCUAAAGUCUCAACAAUAUCAGUACCUUCUCCAGGCAUAACUAGCCAAAUAGGCUCUUUUGCGUCAAGUGGAAUAUUAUUAGAAGCAAGUGCUGCAGGAGGACACUACAGUAACAGUGCUCCAGAAGCAGAAGGAAAUGAUUUGUUUUGCACGAUUAAUCAUAUUUCAGCUGCAGGAAGAACUGCUGGUUGUAAUCACAGAAAUGAUUCCAAACAAAGCCAUUCCCCUGGUGUAAAUGAUUUAUCACAAAGUAAUGUUCUGCUGUUCAGAAAUAUCACACAACACUGUGAAGAUGAAGAUUGUGAGCCAAUGCCUCCCAUCAGAGCUACUGAAAGUGACACUGCAGAAUUUCCUGGUGAUCAACAGUGCAUUUCCCUUGAGGAUCUUCUCUCAGAGGAUAAUAAAUCUCUGAAGGAUUAUGAACUGUGGGCUCUCUGCCAUGAGUGUUUGAUCAGUCUGAAACGCUGCAAAGAUUAUCCAGAGUACCUAUGUCUAGAGUCUGCGUACAUUAAUUCCAGUGGAGAAGUUCUGUUUGUAUCAGCAGUAAACAAUGGAAAUCUGGAUUCAUUCUAUCUGGCACCUGAAUUUGUAAAACAAGGAAUUAUUACCGAAAAGGUCUGUGUUUAUGGAGUUGCUGCCAUUUUGUGGGCAGCAGCUAAAUUCAAUGCUCCAGUGAAUCAAAAGUUACCCUUGUCCAAAAAUCUCAAGAAGCUACUUCUGGAUAUGGCAAAGAGGAAUUCUGCAGAAAGGCCUUCAAUUGCAGAGGCACUCAAGAUUUGUAAUGAAUACCUUAUAAAUCGAGGAAUUGACAGCAGAGAGGUUUUAAUUUUGCUGAGGAAUUCUAUUCUACAGAACUUCCACAGGAAAGAAAUGACUGUCACUGGACACAAUUUCAAAACCGAAACAUUAGAACAUUCUUAUUCUUCACUGGAAAAUGCAACAUUUGCCCAAGAAUCAUCCAGAUUAGGAUUUGUACCUCUUGCUAUUGACAGUAAGCUGACAGCUGUCAAGGGCCCAAUUCCUUGUCAGUGUUCUGUAAACACCAAGUCCCCUUCCAAACUUCCAGAGGCCUUCACCUCCCCAGCCACCCAUUUCAAACCUAUAAUCCUUGCACAGAACAAAGAGAAAACAAGUACAAAGGUAUCAAAUAACUGUCCAGGGGCCAAACAGGUUGUUAAAGCUAUGAAAGAGAAAAUCCAGAAGAAUCAGGGAGCAGUGCCCAUUGAAGAUAUUGAAAAUGAUGUAGUUGUGGAAACAUCUGCUUUCAACUUUGAGAAUGAGACUUUGGACAGACGAACGCACACAUCAGUACCUUUGAAGACUUUGCUAAACCAAACCAGUAACAGCCCAAGUUUAUCUACGAACCUUUCUCCAGUGGUUGAAAGCAAAACAAAUCUACCACACGCAAUUUCUUUGCAGCACCGAGAUGUAAAUUCCUUUUUCACUACGUCAAUAAAUGAUGUUCAUCUUCACUUGCCUGUGCCAGAGCAUGCAACCCUUCUUCUGCGUUCUCACGAAGAGAAGUUAAAUAGCUCCUUCCCAGAAUCUACAGUCAUUUCAGGCAGGAACUCUGGCAGAAGCAGUGGAAGCAGUUUUAAAUGUACUGGAUCAUUGCAGAAUGUUUCCAGUCCUAAGCUCAGUAGAAAUGAUGAUAAAAAACCUACAAUCAAAAUGCACACUGUUUUGGAACCUUCUACUGACAAUCUUAACGAUUUUGUAGAUUCUAAGACUGUUGCCACAGAAAUACCUUUGUUUGACAGAUGUUUGUUUGAACAGGAGUCAUUGGCUGUUAGAAAUGAAAUAAAAACAUUCACAGCUUCUCCAAACGUUUCUGCAGAAAUUUCAGAAAAUAUCCGCUUACCUUCUGCAUGUAUCCCAGUGUCUUCUCAAGGCAAUCUAGUGGCAAUAAAUUCAUCAAAUUCAGAACCGGUCAAUCUUUUGCAAAAAACUAUUCAUCUCAUAAAAGAAGAAUUUGCAUUUGAUGGUUACUUAGAGCAUGAUGAAGAAGCCAGUACCAUGGGUGAGUACAUCUUAUCCUUGAAAAGUCUUAAAUUCAGUACAUUCAGUAGUGCUAUUUCGGAGAAGUUUUGUGACCUCUACUGGGAUGACAAUCUACUGGAACAGCUUUAUGAGGUUGUUAAUGGAAAUCCUCCAUAUUCUGCACCAUUGUCAAAGGUUGCAACAAUGCCAGUAUUUAAUAAUUUUAACCUUGCACUACAAAACAAAACAAAAGAAAAGGAGAUAUUUAUUAUGCAGAAGAGCAAAAGAAGUGGCAAAGAUGCCUGGGAUAAAGCAUUGCUCAGAUCUGAAAAGAAAACAGUUGAUAUGGAAACCAGAGAAAUCUCCAAACAACCUCAAUUAUCUCCAUCAACUCCACCAGAAUGUACAAUAUUGAAAGUGAACCAUCUUUCUGACAAUCUGGUUGCAGCUAAAUAUAAGGAAGACCAGCUACAAAUCAAUGCUGACGUGAUUCUUAGACAAGAUAUCACUAACACAAUGAUGGAUGAAAUUGACUUUGAGAAGCUAAAGUCAGAUAAUUGUGAUGACAAAGAAAACAUGUCAAAAUGUUUACAUCAGAUGGAUAGUAACCGGCAUAUUAUUGCUGAAAGUUGUACUUCGUAUGAAGAUGUAAAGCUUACCCAGAGCAGUGAAGGGAGGGAAGAAAAUGCCAGCCUAAUAACAGAGUCAAGCAUAGGAAAAAAGAGGUGCAACCCAGGGUGGAGAAGUGCAUUUUUUGGAAUUGAAUGUUUUAACCAGCAAAUGAAGACUUGUGUAAAGCAACAGGAUCAACUCAACUCUAAUGAAGAAGAGAACCCAGAAGCCAAAUUGUUGAAAAUUGAGCAACAGCUGAUGAUGGAGAUCAAGAAUUUCAAGAAAACUAGAACAUUCUAUCAGAAACUCCUACAACAGGAAAAAGGAAGCAAAGGGACCGAUGCAAAGGUGAUGCUGCCCAAACUAAAGCAAGAACUUCAGGAGGUAAAGGUGAAGGUGGAGCUGCUUGAUCAGGAGAAGAAGUAUCUUGAGGUUUUGCAGAUGGAGCUGUGGGGUCUGGAUUCCUCUCUGCUUCUUUCACUGGUCAGCUCUCCAUUCCAGCUGACAGCACUAGACCUCAAGUCGAGCAACGGCAUUUCCUUUCUCACCUUUCAUACUCCAGGAGGUGAUCAGAGCCAAGGCGAGAACAAGACACUUCAAGCUGGCACAGCAGAGGGUUUGAUGGCUUACCUUUACAGCAGUAAUGCCAUAAUGGGAGGAUAUGUUCAGCAGUUCUUUUAUACCUUCCGUUAUUUCACAUCACCCUGUGAGUUCCUCCAGUUUCUGAAAGAUAGAUUCAACAGUAUCACUGAUAUCAGCCUGAAACACAAAAUGUCACCUGACUGCAUCAAGGUGUACAAUCGAAGUUUAGAUUUACUGCAGGCUUGGAUUGAAGAGUGCUACAGUGUGGAUAUUGCACAGGAUGCUGUUAUUCUACACAAGUUGGAAACUUUUAUUACCAGAAAGGUUAUUCCAUGUGAUAGCCGGGGCCAAUAUUUAAUUAAUUUACUUCAAAACCUCUCCAAUGGUAAAAUGUUCCGUAAGCUGUCUUAUUCCAGCUUCAAUUUUGAGGACAUAAAGAAUGAAGGAGACAAUGAUUCAGUUUAUUCAGUUUCCAUAAAAUGCUUAGAUGAAGAUAUUUCCAGAAAGAGUUUUAAGUGGAAGAUCAUUAAAAGCACCGAAGCAUCAAACCCUCAUCAGCAGGAAAGGUGUAACAAUAUUGCAGCUGUACAACCAAGGCCCUGUUGUAAUAACUUCACAACAGAACAGUUGGGUGUUUACCAGAAAACUGGUCAGAAAGACCUUUUCACGUUGGCUGAUUACAGUGCACAUCAUAUAGCCCAGCAGCUGACCUUGCUACAACAGGAACUGUUUCAAGAUUGUCAUCCAGUCCAUUUUCUGAAUUCAAGAUCAUUUGGUGUAAAUGACAAAUCCUCCACGGUUCUAAAAUCAGUGACUUCAGAAUCCACAUCCUUAGAAGGCAGUAGUUUAUUUGUUCCAGAAAACAAACAACAUCAAUACCUCCUACAGCUGAUAAGAUAUGCAGACAAUGUUAGCCACUGGGUCUCUGCUGAAAUUGUCAUGUGUAACACGUGUAAGUCACAAAGUGCACUUCUGUCAAAAUUUCUGUCCAUUGGAAAGUUUUGUUAUGAAUGGAGAAAUUUUGCCACAGCCAUGCAGAUUCUUAGUAGCCUGGAAAACCUGAUAGUGCGUCAAUUACCCUCAUGGAAAAACUUGUCCUCAAAGGCUCUGGAAAUCAUGGAGGAACUAACUGGUGUACAGGUUUUCCUGAAGAGUGAUAGCCUUUGUUUGAUGGAAGCAGAUAGUUUCAGAAAGCAACCAACAUUACCAUGUGCUCGUAUAUUGGCAAUGCAUGUCCAGCAGCUAGAAAUAGGUGCCUUUACCAUGGCCAACGGCACUUAUAAAUGGCCGAAACUAAGGAAAAUAGCAAAGGUGAUUAGUCAGAUACAAGCAUUCCAAGAAAAACCCUACAUGUUCAGUCCUGAUCUGGAGCUUCAAACUCAUCUGAGACAACAAAUAUCUCAUUUCAGUGAUGUGGACAUCCAUGCUCUUGCUGCUGAAAAUAAGAAUAAUUUCUACCAGUCAUCAACUGAAAGGCACACACGUAAGAUUCAAGACACACUACGCAAAAUGAAAGCAACAUUUCAGUGAUACUUUAGACCUACAGCAAUCUAUUUAUUUAGUUUGGGAGAUGACUGGUAGUGUCCUUCUGGGUGUUACAGUUACUUGUGUAAUUAGUACAAAGACUAAUUUAUUCUAUUAAAAAACAGCUCCUCCUUUUGCAAAGUUCUUUUAUAUUUCACAAAAGUAAUUGAUUUGUAUGAACAAAUUAUACUUUAAAAUGAUAGAGAGCUACAAUAUUUUUGAAGUUACUCUUUAGAAUUAGUGGGAAACACCAGGCUCCAAACAACUUAAAUUUGACAAAUACUUCCCUGGUAUCAGUUCCCUGGGACUCACUUUUUUCAUUUAAUAUACUCACAUAACCUAGGUAUCUUCACUGAUCUUAGAAUUAAUGUAGGAAUCCAACAUUAAUUUUCCUUCCACUAAAUGAAGCUGCUUGGUUAUGCUUGAAUGAUUUCAAAAUGCAUGUUCUCCCUGUGACUGCAUGGGUUUAGCUUGCCACAGCCAAAAAUUGGAGGUUAAUUGGCUACUGUAAAUUGCCCCUAGAUUUGGUUCAAAAGAGAAUCAUGGUGCAUUUAGUGGACAUGUAAGAGAGAAAAGGCACUUGGGAAAUAAUGGGGGAAUGAGAUUGAUGGGAUUGUUCUGAAAGUUGGCAGAGACUUAAUGGGCCAAAUGGCCUCCUCCUAUGUCACAGGAAAAUAUGAAAUGUAAAAACAAAGUUUUAAUUUGUUUACCAAUUACUUGUGAAUUAGAUGAUGUUGUAUCUUUUGAAUUCAUGAUAUUUGGAGCCCAAAAUUUCUUUCAACAUACCGGUUUAAUAAUUUAUUUGCUACAAAAUGAUGAAACCAUUACAAUCAAUGUAUUUGACUGAAUAAUGUUUAAAUACUUGAUAAAACAUUAUGAGCUGUUUUUGCUAAAUAGUAAGGAAACAGGAAUGUUUCUCAACACUCUGUAGAGCUCCCUGCUAGGAGAUUGGAAAGCAAAAUAGCUCUCAAGUCUCAAUCCAUACUACUGUCUAACUAAUUGGAGCAGGAAUCUAAACCUGAAGGGGCAUGUGCCCAUCCCUUAAUGUUACGGGGUGAAGGAGUGCCUGCAGGCCAUAAUCUCAUUACAUUUCCUUUAGGUGAUUAGUGGGGGAGCCCAAAUGUAGGCUGCUGUAUAGGAGGGGUACAGGGCAGCUUGAAGUCCGUUCAGUCACUGCCACACUAAUGGGAGAGAGUGAAGUAGACUUUCAGUGGAUAUGCGAUUAGGCUGUGAACUGACAACACAGUUCCUGCUAAAUGUUAUCCCUAACAUUCAGAAUAAUACUACGAGCAAAUAUUUUUUAAAAAUUGCUCCAUUCUUUAGAGAAGACUACACUCAGCUCAGUAAGUCUACCAGGCUAUGUAACUGGGAGAUAUCUGUUGGAAAAUUUCAAGUAGAAAGUAGUAUUAAUUCAUUCUUUGGCAUUCACUUUAGAAUAUUUAAUAAACAGCUGUCAAUAAUUAAAUAAGAUGUUUCACUCAGAGCUUCAGUGAAAAUGAGAUGUGUGGUUUUCUUAUAUCAGGCUUC